UUUACCACCCGUUUUAUCCCAACCCAACCCGACCCAUAUUUUCAUCAUUCCCUGAAAUCCCACAGAGAGAGCGCGCGGCGUGGUGAUUCAAUUCAAACCCUCAGAGAGAAAUGCUCCACCAAACCGAUACCGCCGACUCUCUCUUCGCUUCCAAUCUCUGCUUCAAGCCGCGAUUGGCUCCGCCAACAAGACCAACCGCACUGAGCUUCUCCAUGGACCAUGCUACCCAAGAAAAGCGUAUUAUCAAGCAGCCUUCCAAGCACGCAAGUCCACUGUUGGCUUGCGGGGCGGCGCGUGACAAUCACGAGACCUCGCCCAAGAAAGAUGAUGCACCUGUACAUGGACUAUCCAAUAUGAUUGUUGGAGUUCUGGGAGGAGGGCAACUGGGUCGUAUGCUAUGUCAAGCAGCAUCACAAAUGGGCAUUAAAGUAAUGGUAUUGGAUCCACUCGAGAACUGCCCAGCAAGUGCACUUGCUUAUCAUCAUAUGGUCGGAAGCUUUGAUGACAGUGCUACGGUCCGGGAAUUUGCAAAGAGAUGCGGAGUAUUAACCGUAGAAAUUGAACAUGUUGAUGUUGCGACCCUAGAGAUGCUUGAGAAACAAGGAGUGGAUUGCCAACCUAAAGCCUCUACUAUCCGAAUAAUUCAGGACAAAUAUCUCCAAAAAGUUCAUUUUUCUCAGCAUGCCAUUCCACUUCCUGAGUUUAUGCAGAUAGAUGAUCUUGAAGGUGCCAAGAGAGCAGGUGACCUGUUUGGCUACCCUCUUAUGAUUAAGAGCAAAAGGUUGGCUUAUGAUGGGCGUGGAAAUGCUGUUGCUGGCAGUGUAGGGGAACUCUCUUCUGCUGUAAAUGCUCUUGGAGGAUAUGGUCGUGGUUUAUAUGUUGAAAAGUGGGCACCUUUUGUAAAGGAGCUCGCUGUCGUUGUGGCUAGAGGAAGAGACAAUUCUAUUGUGUGCUAUCCUGUUGUUGAAACCAUUCACAAGGAAAACAUUUGUCACAUAGUCAAGGCACCUGCUAAUGUGACAUGGGAGAUUAGGAAACGUGCUACUGAUGUUGCCUACAGAGCUGUUAGCUCAUUAGAGGGCGCUGGUAUAUUUGCAGUAGAAUUGUUUUUGACCGGGGAUGGUCAGAUUCUGCUAAAUGAAGUGGCUCCUAGACCUCACAAUAGUGGUCAUCAAACAAUUGAGUCCUGCUACACCUCACAAUUCGAGCAACAUUUGCGGGCUGUUGUUGGUCUUCCACUUGGUGAUCCAUCAAUGAAAGUUCCCGCUGCCAUCAUGUACAAUAUACUGGGUGAAGAUGAGGGUGAGCCUGGUUUCAUUUUAGCUCACCAACUAAUUAGAAGGGCAUUGGGCAUUCCAAGGGCUACUGUUCAUUGGUAUGAUAAACCAGAAAUACGAAAGCAAAGAAAAAUGGGCCAUGUCACUAUUGUUGGACCUUCCAUGAGCGAUGUGGAACAACGAUUAAAAUCAAUGCUGAAGGAAGAAGGUUCUGAUUGUCAGUCUGCAGUAACGCCACAUGUUGGGAUCAUUAUGGGCUCUGAUUCUGAUCUUCCUGUUAUGAAGGAUGCUGCAAAGAUUUUGAAUAUGUUUGAUGUUCCUUAUGAGGUGAAAAUAGUUUCAGCGCACCGGACCCCUGAAAUGAUGUUUACUUAUGCCUCCUCUGCUCGGGAACGAGGCAUUCAGAUUAUCAUUGCUGGUGCUGGUGGUGCAGCUCACUUGCCAGGUAUGGUAGCUGCACUUACUCCCUUGCCUGUUAUUGGUGUCCCUGUGCGUGUAUCUGCAUUGGAUGGGCUUGAUUCGCUUCUAUCCAUUGUGCAGAUGCCAAGGGGUGUCCCAGUUGCAACAGUUGCAAUAAACAAUGCUACCAAUGCAGGUUUGCUCGCCAUAAGGAUGUUGGGGAUUCAGGAUGCUGACCUACUGGCUAGAAUGAGCCAAUAUCAAGAAGACACAAGGAAUGGUGUCUUGACAAAAGCAGAGAAGCUGGAGAAAGAUGGUUGGGAAUCUUAUCUGAAUCCGUAAGUACCAAACCGCUCUUCUGGUGGUAUCCGUGUUCUCCAUGAGUUCAACACAUAACUAUGGAAGUUUGAGUUCAGCACUCACCGCCACAGAAAAGUUCAGAAUGAACAAAAUGAUAUGUCCAAAUAAUGAAGUAUGAAGUGGAUCAAGAUUUUCUACCAUGAAUACAAAAAAGUGCCAAUGGAAACUGAGAGAUCAAGAAGAAAAGAAAUAGAGAAAACAGAUAGGGGGGAAAUGGGUAUGGGCGUGUUAAGAAGCCUUGUACCCAUUGUAAUUCUAUUAGAUCUUACCAGUUUAGGGUUUUUUUAGCCAUAAGUGAUGAGACUAUAUAUAAUGCCUUCCUUCCUCCAUCAUCAUCAUCCCUAACUCUCUCCAUUGCUUUUUCAAACACCAAAAAAAAAAAAAAAAAAUGGUCAGAAUCACAUAAGAGAAAUCCACUGAUUCCAUUUCACAAAUGGGUUUUUCUAAAAGCAAUUCCUGCACAAUGGUGUUGAUUUAUACCAUUAUCUGUAUUGAACUUUCAUGAAGUUUUGGCAAUGAGACCGUUGGAUGGAGAGCAGUGGUUGGACAAAAAUAAUGUUGCAAUGCAGUCACUCCUAAGGGUUCUGGUGCCACCAUCUACUAACCCAUGCACCUACAUACCCGGACGCAGCCAUGGCCAUUGCUGGCCGUGUUGCAAUGCAGUCACUCCAAAGCCGUGGCCGGACGCAGCUAGCUUUACCGGCAGCUUCUACUACACAUAAGACUCAGAAAGAGGACUCCAUCUCCUGAUCAUAUGAUAAACAGUAAAUUUUUUUUUUUUUUCUUUUGAGAGCCCCUACUAUUGGGAUGUGGUGUAAACUCACUUAUUUAUAGCAUCCAUUCAAACUUAGACACAUCAACUUGAAACACAAAAUAAAAUAAACGCAAAAACACUGGAUUAGCCCAUCCAAGCUAGAUGGCCAAUGUUUCAAAUUUGGUUAAUACGUAUGAUUAGGUGCUUUCCUUCA